AUGAAUGGAGGAGCUGCAGAAACCAGGCUAACUGAAACUGGCUGGAACGCCUACUUCCAUGGAUUCCAUGCCAUGGUUCCGAUCAUGUACAUUGCACAUGGCAAACAAUCUCUGCCUCAAAAAUGCUCCGCGGCCCUGACGGUAUGUCACAAUGUUUGCAUUGGGAGACAGGCUAAAGUCAUCAGAUUCCUGUGCUGCAAGUUGAACAUGCACGAGGCUUUUGACCGAUGGAUUCAGAGCUGCACGGGUAAUCGAUGGCGCAGGCUUCCGCAGGCUGUGGACGUGCUUCUUUUGCCAGAUGCAGCGCGUCCUUGGCACAAUCCAUGGGAGGGCAGAAGGGCCACUGGCCUAGCAACGGGCAAUCAAUUCAACGUCAUCCCUGCACGAUCCUUUAACACAACAGUUUGCAUAUGCCCCACCUCUGAUCCUCUCCUUGAUUUGAACACGUUGAAGAUUAGGCGGUUCUCGCGGCAAUGCAGAACAUGA